AUGUCUGCCUAUCUCUCCUCUACACAGACGUCGGUCGCCGGCAGCGAUGCCCGCACCAACGUCAUCUACGCCCUCGGGCGGCUCAAGGAGAAGUUUCCAGACAGGAUCGGCUGGAACGAGUUGGUGGAAUAUGUUCUUCCCCAGUACCGUCGGACAGAGGAGCAGAUCAUGUACUUCCGGACGUUUCUGAGCAAGAACCCCAAGGCAGACCACGAUCCCGAUACGGACACAUACAGGUACCGGCCUGAACAUAACAUCGCAUCGGCGGACGACCUGCUCAAGCACCUCCAGGGUCAAGAGUCGGCCAUGGGCAUCAACGUCCGCGAGUUAAAAGACACAUGGCCCGAUGUGGAGGCCGCGAUCAACAAGCUCGAAGCCCAGCAUAAACUCCUGGUUGUCCGUAACCGCAAAGACAACCACCCGCGCACAGUCUGGGUGGAUGACCCGACCCUGCACGUGGCGCUGGAUCAGGAAUUCAAGGAUAUUUGGUCGCAGAUUGCUCUGCCGUCGGAGGAAGACACGAUCAGAGAACUUCGUCGGAUGAACCACAAAUCUACCGGCGAACCUGCGCGGACGGACGUUGUUGCGAAGCCCAAGGCCAAAAAGAAGGCAGCCAGGCGUGGCCAGAAAGUCACAAACACCCACAUGCAAGGGCUUUUCAGGGAUUAUUCGGAUAAAAGACCUCAAGGGAGAUAG